AUGUCCGCUGAAGCCGCCCCGACCCUUACCGUGACCUUUAUCAGACAUGGAGAGUCUACCGACAACUUGCGAAGCGUGUGGGCAGGAUGGAAGGAUGCACCACUAUCCAAUCACGGAAUGAACCAAGCGAAAGCAGUCGGAAAGUCCUUGUCCGACACCCGUUUCGCCGUCGUAUACGCCUCGCCGCUCAAACGCGCCCUGUGGACCGGUCAGGCUGUCCAGGAAGCACAAUCCGAGCCGAAGCCGCCUCUGGAGACCUCCCUCUUGUUGCGCGAGCAGCACUGGGGCGUGGCAGAAGGCGAACCGUGGCAGUGGGGCCACACCGCCGGCCUUUCACUAGAAGAACACUUCGCCAAGCAGCUGUACCCCGUGCUCCAUGAGCGCUGGCAGAAGUUUCCCGAGGGCGAGAGCCUGGACGACCUGUUCACGCGCGCGAAGCAGGCGAUAGACGAGCUCAUAAUGCCGCACGUCUGGAGCGCGGCCAGAGAGGGGAAAAAGGGCAUCCACAUCGCUAUAGCGAGCCAUGGCCUGUGCAUUAGCGAGCUCGUCCCCGCUCUGGUCAUGAAGGAUGAGAGCGGAGUCCAUCCGGGAGAGAAGUUCAGGGGAUUGCAGAACACAGCGUGGACCAGGGUCACCGUCAACGUCAAGGGUGCCAAGGAGGGAGAGCCGCUUGACUUUCCAGAUAACGAUCCUCCGAAAUUACAGGUUCGGGUAACGGACUUUAACCGCCAUGAGCACCUGGACGCUGUGAAACGUCAGAAAGGAGGCGUCGGGAGUGCCGGCUACGAUCCUAAGCAGCAGGACAUUCGUGCAUUCUUUGGCGGAGCGAAGGUCCCAGCCAAAGGAGAGGCAGCUGAGCUUGAAGAAGGCCGAAGCGAGAGUAACGCAAGGGACGAGGUUGAUGUGGAUAUCCAGUAA